AUGUCCAAGAAGGCCCCCGCCGCUGCUUCUUCGCUCCUCCGCCUGGUCGUCCCCGCCGGAAAGGCUACCCCCUCGCCCCCCAUCGGACCCGCUCUCGGUCAGCGUGGAGUCAAGUCGAUGGAUUUCUGUAAACAGUUCAACGACAGGACCAAGAACGUCGACGUCGGAACCCCUCUCCCCGUCAUUAUCACUGUCAAGGGCGACCGUACAUUUACCUUUGUCACCAAAUCCCCUCCUACCUCGUUCUUCCUCAAGCGCGCUGCCGGAAUUGAGAAGGGAGGUACUAACAUUGGCAAGGAGCACCCCUUUGUCGGCAAGGUCAACCUGAAGCAGGUCUACGAGAUUGCAAAGAUCAAGCAGGCGGACGAUGGCAUGGGACACUUGUCGCUCAAGGGAAUCUGUGCCGGAGUCAUCGGAAGUGCCAAGUCCAUGGGCAUCGAGGUCGUCGCAUAA